AAUCAGUAAGCGUGUCUGUGUUUGCCAUAUAUAAAGGACCCAUAAACACAAGAAACUUCACGACCUAACUGACAACAGUAAAGCCGAGAUCACUGAAUUCCUCUAACUGCUCACAUUCACAAAGACAGCAUGGGGUCCUCAAAGCUGGCUCUCCUCAUGGUUCUAAUGUCCAGCGUGGAAUAUGCCUGGUCUGCCUCCUGCGUGGUCGACAGCUUCACAGUCAAGGAGAACUUUGAACCAAAGAGGUAUGCUGGGAAGUGGUAUGCCCUGCAGAAGAAGGACCCAGAGGGCUUGUUCCUCCAGGACAACAUCUCUGCUGAGUACACUGUUGAUGAUGACGGCACCAUGACUGCCUCCUCCAAGGGACGAGUCACCCUUUUUGGGUUCUGGGUCGUGUGCGCUGACAUGGCUGCCCAGUAUACCGUGCCUAACCCCACCACGCCCGGCAAGAUGUUCAUGAACUACCAGGGACUGGCAAGCUACCUGUCCAGCGGAGGUGACAACUACUGGGUUAUUGAUACUGACUACGACAACUAUGCCAUCACCUACGCCUGCCGUACCCUGAAGGACGAUGGAAGCUGUGAGGACGGUUAUGCUCUCAUCUUCUCCCGUAAUCCCCGUGGCCUUCCACCAGCAAUCCAGCGUGUUGUCCGUGCAAAACAGGAGGAGAUCUGCAUGGCGGGCCAGUUCCAGCCUGUCCUGCAGUCCGGAGCUUGCUAAGUCCUCAGCAGCCUAGCCUGAGCGGAAUUCCUUAAAGGAGAGUUAUGGUUCCUCACCCCAAAAGAAGUAUAUGCCAAGAGAAACUGUAAUUCAUGGUCCAUUUUCCUUUAAACAUCCAUUACAAAAUUUAGCAAACGUUAGUUAGCACUAGCUAAAAAUGUAUGUCAAACUCACCUUUAAGUAACACAAAAUAAAUGUUGUGUUGAUUUUCUGUGAUUUGGAGAAUAUGUUUCUACAUGAUCCCAGAUUCCUUGGACUCUGAUCGAUUUUUAGCUAGAGGUUGCUAAAGUUAGCAUUUUGUAAAGAAACAUGAACCAUUACCAUUUUUCUUGGCCUACAGAUCAUGGUGAGGACCUAUCUAAUAUCAAGUGGAAAACAAGUUAAAUUCUUCUUUAAGAAUGCCAAUAGGCAGCCAGGGUUAAUGGAUGGAUCCAUAGCAGCACUGUAGAAAUGAAUAGACCAUGUUGCGAGGUGGGUGGGAAUAAAUCCCCCACCGCCACCCAUUGUCUCAAGGGAAGAGUUGCUCAAGUGGGUUGGUGUGUUAAGUGUGCGUGUGUCUUUGAAAAUAAAUAUUUUUUUUUACAAGC